CCAGAGGAAGCGGCCAGCCGAGGCGGGCGGAUCGAUUGCUUGCAGUUUGCACUGCCUCGCUUCCCAGCCAAUACCGGGCAUCCCGCCGCCUCCCGCGUUGUAAACAAGCAUGGAUUUCCUGCUGGAGAAGCUUCGCCACAACAUGGCAGAGUUGUCUGUUCAAGGAGAUGACUUCACUCGAAGGAUUUGUCAACUUUACAUAACAUUUGAAGAGUUCCUUGAGCAACAGAAGUUGGCAGAAAUGUCUGGUGCAUAUGAAGAUACGAGAAGUCUGUAUAGUGGCUCAGAACAGAAUACCACCCUGGAUUCAAGUUAUACAGUUGACAAAACAAUGACAAAUAUAUCUCAUUCAGAACUUGACGGUUAUUUAGAUGCCCCAGAUGUUUCAGUUUAUACGGCACACUCCACAAAUGCGGCUGCAGAAGCGAGUACAGAACAAGCUCCCAAGGAGAAGGUCCCAGCAAGGAGUGCGGUUCUGGAGAGCUCCACGCGGGGUCAUCACAAGUGUCGUUACAAAAGAGGGCACAGGAAAUCUUAUAACAGCAGUCGUUCUGUGGCAGCAACGAAAAGCGCACGCGAUUGUCACGAAACAGUAGAUGCAGAGUAUUCAGAGGUUGUGAAGAAUCUUUCUACAGCUGGUACGAGAGAAGUUCUGCCAUCCCGUUCGUAUUCUGACGGGGAUAAGGACUCUGUGGUUUGCUAUGCUGGAACGAAUUCUGUCGAUUCUGGUUACAAAAGCUCGUGCCCAACACCAGAACUCUCUGAAAGUAUUGGACACGACAACAAGCAAACCGUGGCAGAUAAACAAAACUACCCUAGAUCGCGCAUACUAAUGGGCACAAAGGUAAUUAGUCGGAAUUCUCCAUAUGCAGACAAAAAUCUUGAGCAACUUUUGUACCUCCGCCAAAGCAUACUGAUCGCAAUGCAGCGAUACGAACAACAGAAGAGCAAGUCGUCCCCGAGCCCCAGUUUUCGACCGAGAAGCCUUAGCGCCAGCACAUCAGGCUAUCAGUAUGGAAGGUCUAAGAUGAGGCACCAAGCUCGCCCUCUUAUCUCUAGCUAUCCGAGCUCCCGGACACAGUCUCCUAGUUACAGUCGCUUCUUCUCCACAGAAAAUAUGUUGGACACUUCAAAACGUGAACGCUUUGUGGUGCCCCAAAGUUACACACCGACCAGCGACGACAGAUAUUGGCACAGCAGUUUGGCCAGCCUCAGGAUGCAGCAAGAGAGGAGCUCGUGGCGAGGGUCGGCCAGGAGGGUGACGUCACUGAGCAGCGAGCUGCUCGCCAGCCCCGUGUCGCCGCAGGCCGGCGGCGUGUCGGAGGUGGCCAAGUGUAUGCUGGAGAUAGUGGACGACCUGCAGAGCCAGUACUUGUUCCACGGCGAGAGUCCCCCGGGCGCCGCGAGGAGCGCCAAGACUUCCUCGGCGGCGGCGCGCCUGGGCGUGAAGUGCGGUGUCGCGAGCAGGCCGUCCAAACAGCCCACCGACUACCACGUCUACGAGGAGAUCAUGUACGACCUGGCCGCCAAUCGCCUGGACAGCCACAAACCGCCCCCCUUGCCCAGGAGACCGGACAGCAUCCUCUUCAAUACUGCAACUUCUUCCAAAAAGUUUUCUCUGCAAGGUGAUGCGAGACAAAACUAUUUUCCUAAGCAGAAAAACAUAUUAUCGCCAUUAUGAACAUAUUUUGAGUGCACAAUUUCAAAAAACAAACAAAAAAAACAUUUAGUCUGGUAAACAUUAAGUGACCAUGUUCCUUAAAUAACUGUACUUGAACACUGAAUGUUUUUUUAUGGAUAUAAUCAUGAAUGUGUUAUGUUGUCAAAUCAAAAUGAAAGGAUUUUUACACAAAAGUGAACAAUGACAAAAACUAAUGUUAAAAAUGCUACCGACAAUAUUUGUUGCUGAAUUCGUUACUAUUUUCUACAUAUACAAUUUAGAUGCUCAAAAUGCACAUAUAGAAAUAUAGUUACUAAUGAUAAUGUUAAUGCAAGUAAUGUGAGAAUAAAUAUUAUGUAAUCGUUUAGGUAGUAUUUUAAACCUGAAAAUGUAUAAAGAAAUUGCAGUUAGAACUUAACAAUAGUUUAGCUAUUAAAAGCUAUCCAUAAGUUAGCAACCUAAAAUGUGAGAGACUACAACGCACGUAACAUAUUAUUGCCAAUAAAACUAAUACACAAUUUAAA